AAAGAUAUUCACAACUUUGAAUGUAUAAUAACAACCUGCCCACAUCUAAAGAACCUUCCACAGCAGCACUCGAUUGAUUGUAUGAUUGUCCCCUCCUUACCUCCUCCCUCAUGCCUACCGGGUGUUUGGCUGUAUGUUGAAGGAGCAGGUCAGCGGUUUGAUGGACAUCUGAAUAGCCCGGUGUGUGUGGUGAGGCGAUGGCUCGUGGGCAUCCUGUUUCUCUCGGUGUGCCGCUGCUAUGCGAUACGCCAGAGUUUCAUUCCUCGUCUCAGUGUGCAGAGAGACAUGCGGCCUCUCCCGCCAAGCAGGUUACAGCGGGUGUGACCGCCAAGACGGUCAGAUGAGUUGGAGUUCAAGUCGGAUCGAAGGGGCACCAUGUAGGCCUGGGAGGGAAGGACUUUUUUUAUUCGUCUCGGAGGUGUUAAAAACAUGAGUCCAAUCAUUUAUCUGGUGUUGCUGCUUCCUGAAGUGGCUCAAUCGGCUCAAGGUCAAUAUGCCCACAAGCUGCUGAAUGAUUUGAUGGAGAAUUAUUCCAGCGCUCUGAGGCCUGUUGAGGACACGGACCGAGCCCUCAACGUCACCUUACAGAUCACCCUCUCUCAGAUCAAAGACAUGGAUGAGAGGAACCAGGUGCUGAUUGCCUAUCUGUGGAUCAGACAGACGUGGCAUGAUGCUUACCUGAAGUGGGAUAAAGAGGAAUAUGACGGACUGGAGGUGAUCCACAUCCCCAGCAGCCUUGUCUGGAGGCCCGACCUCGUCCUCUAUAACAAAGCUGACGAUGACUUCUCAGGGCCGAUGGACACCAACGUGAGGCUGCGCUACAAUGGAGAGAUAACCUGGGAUGCUCCUGCCAUCACCAAGAGCUCCUGUGUGGUGGACGUCUCCUACUUCCCCUUUGACAGCCAGGAAUGUAACCUGACUUUUGGGUCAUGGACCUACAAUGGAAACCAGGUAGACAUCAUAAUGGGAAUGGACAGUGGGGACCUGUCAGACUUUGUGGAAAACGUGGAGUGGGAGUGCCACGGGAUGCCGGCCACCAAGAACGUCAUCAUGUACGGCUGUUGCUCCGACCCGUACCCAGACAUCACCUACACCGUGCUCCUGCAGCGCCGCUCCUCCUUCUACAUCUUCAACCUCCUCCUCCCCUGCUUCCUCAUAUCCUUCCUGGCUCCGCUGGGCUUCUACCUGCCCGCGGACUCUGGGGAGAAGGUUUCCCUCGGAGUGACCGUCCUUCUGGCUCUCACCGUGUUCCAGCUGAUGGUGGCAGAGAGCAUGCCUCCCUCCGAGAGCGUCCCCCUCAUAGGGAAGUACUAUAUUGCCACUAUGACCAUGGUCACAGCCUCCACAUCUCUCACCAUCUUCAUCAUGAACAUCCACUUCUGUGGCGCCGAGGCCAAACCAGUCCCCCACUGGGCCAAAGUCCUCAUCAUUGACUACAUGUCCAAAAUUUUCUUUGUUUAUGAGGUGGGCGAGAACUGUGCCUCCUCCUCUUCUUCUUCUGCUUCUUCUUCUCACUUCCCCCCGGAAGACUUACGUAACCAGCACCUUCCCUCCCAUAUUCACGCUAAUGGUAAACCAGGGAGCCACGGUAGCCGACAGGACUGGCAGGGUCAUAAACAGCCCAGACCUCCAACCCCCAAGCGUCAUCACCAUCCCAGAGUGAAAGCCCAGCACCACAUCACCAGAGAAGAGAGGAGCCAUUUCUCCAGCGCUGCUCCUGGGACAUACGAAGGCCCUAAUGGGAAAAUCCCAGCGGGCGACUGCUGUAAAGAAGACCAGAAGGUCCCCGGCUACCGUGAACACCAAAAGCCUCCCUGCUGCCAUGAAGACACAAAGCCUCCACCCGAAGGCCCCGCUGUCACAUUUGGCCCCUGUGUGUUCUGCAGCGGCUUCUCUGGUGUGGACACCAAGCUGGUGCGCAACGUGGAAUAUAUCGCCAACUGUUUCCGAGAGCAGAGGGCCACAUGCGCCAAAGGGGCAGAAUGGAAGAAGAUUGCUAAGGUGAUGGACAGAUUCUUCAUGUGGAUCUUCUUCAUCAUGGUCUUCCUCAUGAGCAUCCUCAUCAUCGGCAAGGCACCGUGAGGCUUUUUGAAAAGUAUUUGGCAGAGUGAAAUCUUUUUGGUCAAAUACAAAAGUCAAAGGGAAUCUUUUUUUUAUAAACAGAUAUUUUGAAAAGUAUAUGGACUUUGUGGCUUUUACAUUAUUAAUAAUAGUAUAGUGAUGUGAAAAUAAACCUUCAUUGUAUUGGCCAUGUCCAUGCAUCACAGGCUGGUUUGUUGAACAUUUUUAAAACUUAUGAUUUCUUGCGAGUAAUACAUUUGUGUCUUAUGUCUUAAUGUGUCAACAUUACAUUAUUUGGUUGAAAAACAAAAGAAAAGUCCAAAAUAUGUAUAAUGAAUGGUACUGUGGCCUGCAACUCUGCAUGCAUUGUGGCUAUUUUUCUCCCCACAUAAUGACUAACUCUACUGCAUGUUGUAAAUGUACAGCUUGAUGCGAUCCCCAUCAAUCCUGGCUGUCAUGUACAGUUACUUCAUCAUUUGACCAUUGACAACAUGUAAGGGGGUCUUCUAUUAAGUUAAAAUAUGGCCAGGGGAGACAGCACAUGUCUUAUUCACAGCUUUGAAAUCAGACCCCUGGAGUUGAGAGAGCCGGCGUCAGCGCACGCUGUGGACACGCAGAAUCAUUUCUCUGUCCAAAAAUCAUCCAGUGAAUUGUUAAUGGGGAAAGCUCUGUGUGAGGUAAGGCUGGGGCAGUGAGGAUGUAAGGUAAUAUCAGUCUUUAAUUAUGUAACACUGGGAGUACAGUCGGACAUCCCCCUGUUCCAAAAACUCCAUGGCUUGAAUUUGGAAGGUGAUUGGGGUGAAAAGAACAAGAAGGAAAAAAAAUGAAACUGACCGUUGUGGAUAACAGACGUGGAAAUUAAACUUUUUCUGAGUGUUAUUAAUAUGAAAAAAAGAAGAAUUUGCCUACUGUAUGACCCAGAUUAAAGUAUUAGUAUAUUUACAUCUUUGUGCAUAUUCACACU